GUUGCGCAUAGAUGAGAUAUAAGAUUUCUCGCGUCUCGCUCUCGCUUUUGGCAUCACCAGUGACGCGUUGUUACGUUACGCGUCGCUCUCCGGCGAAGCACUCGGCUGAGCACUUUGUCGGAACGGUGCCGCAAAGUAGUUGUCAAAAUGGCGGCGUUGGAAGGCGUGAAUCCGAAUUGCGAGGUGGUUCGCGGUCAAACAUUCGAGGUCGGACCGCGCUACACGAAUCUGUCAUACAUGGGCGAGGGUGCCUACGGCAUGGUCGUAUCUGCCUACGACAAUGUAACCAAAACGAAAGUAGCUAUUAAAAAAAUUUCUCCGUUCGAGCAUCAAACAUAUAGUCAGAGGACUUUGAGAGAAAUAAAAAUUCUUACGAGGUUUAAGCAUGAAAAUAUAAUAGAUAUAAGAGAUAUAUUAAGAGCACCUAAUUUAGAGCAAAUGAAAGACGUAUAUAUCGUUCAAUGUCUAAUGGAAACUGAUCUCUAUAAAUUACUGAAAACACAAGCUAUUAGUAAUGAUCACAUAUGUUAUUUUCUGUACCAAAUAUUGCGAGGACUGAAGUAUAUACACUCGGCAAACGUGUUACACAGAGAUUUAAAACCGAGCAAUCUGCUGUUGAAUACCACUUGUGACCUUAAGAUAUGCGAUUUUGGUUUAGCGAGGGUUGCGGAUCCGGAGCACAAUCACGCGGGUUUCCUUACGGAGUAUGUGGCCACAAGAUGGUAUAGAGCUCCGGAAAUCAUGCUUAAUUCUAAGGGCUAUACAAAGUCCAUAGACAUUUGGUCGGUUGGUUGUAUCUUGGCGGAAAUGCUCUCGAGACGAGCGAUAUUCCCUGGCAAACAUUAUCUGGAUCAAUUAAAUCACAUCCUUGGUGUCCUCGGAUCGCCUUCGCCGGAGGAUCUCGAAUGCAUCAUAAAUGAGAAAGCACGCAAUUACCUGCAGUCUUUGCCGUAUAAGCCAAAAGUAGCGUGGACAAGUCUUUUCCCCAAUGCUGAUCCAAGAGCUUUGGAUCUUUUGGACAAAAUGCUAACGUUCAAUCCCAAUAAACGCAUCGUGGUGGAAGACGCGUUAGCGCAUCCCUAUUUGGAGCAAUAUUAUGAUCCUGCCGAUGAGCCUGUAGCAGAGGAACCAUUUAAAUUUGACAUGGAGCUGGAUGAUCUCCCAAAAGAAGUAUUAAAACAGUAUAUUUUUGAAGAAACCUUAUUAUUUCAAAAGAAUCAUCAAGAAAAUGCUAUGUAGUCGAUUGGCACAUUGACGGAAUUUCAAUAACGGAUAAGCAUGAUAACUAACGGAAAAAGAAUAAGCAGAACAGCGGAAUUGAUAUAAAGAAAGCGUACUUUUAAUUCGCCGCUUUAUCGCUGCUCUAAUUAAUGACGAGACAUAAGUGCUAUGAUUGACGAAAGAUAUAGUUCAGCGAUCAACGAACGAUUAAUUGAACCGAUUAAUCGGGUGAGUGAAGCAAUCGUACAUACGCUUGUACAUUCGCAUGUUCUUACCAGAAGAAAGAGAAUAUAGUGUUUCUUACGUUAUACCGAACAUAGCAUAAUAUUUCACAAUUGGUACAAUAUGUAUUUUUAUUUAUAUCAUCGCCGUAUCGUACUGCACCGUACCGUACCGUCUAUCUGUGAUUUAAUUGUGAAUUGCGAGCGUGACGAAAUGUAACACGCGACAUAUUUUGUCUUUAUAUUAUCGUUCUCUUUAUGGAAUUAUCUUAUCCCUUUCCGGAAGCCGGAAAUAGUUGCGAUUAUAUCGCGUAAUUGUACGGCAUAAUCAGGGCAAUACACAUUCGACCUUUCGUGCCUCGAUGCGAAGGUCCUGAUUUAGAUAUUGGAUUCAACUCUAUAAACGUUUAUUCCAGAUCGAGAUUCGGACGCUUAUAGCGUAUAUUCGUGUAAAAUUCAUCUCGUAUGAUGUUCUUUGUCUCAUGUGUGUACGUAUGACUGUGUGUACACGUGUGUGUGGCAGAAUUCCUUUUGGUAUUUAAUCUGUCCGUGAUAGUCAACCAUUAUAGCCAGUACGCGACGUAUAGGCGCCACUAUAAUUGAGCGUACGAGAGGUUAAUAGAAUAUAAUUGAUGUGUUGAAAAGAAUCGUGAUCUCUUUUUCUCUCGUUCUCUCUCUCUCUCUCUCUCUCUCUCUCUCUCUUUUUCGUGUGACUCACAGUACAUUGACAGUAACGAUGGUGCCCAAAUAAUAAGAUAUGAAUAAAGCGAUAAUUAAAAUAACUUUGAAAAGAAAUCCUCAAAUUAAUAUUUCUGUCAUUCAGAGGUCCUGAAAAUCUUAUGGAAUAUGAACCUCACUUAAGUUCAAAACCUUCUAAAGUUGAUAUUACAAUUUAAAAAUUUAUCCGCGAUAAAGUCAAUCUGAAUUACUAGAAAUCGAGUUCUGAUUUUGAUAUUUUCAUUCAGUUUUAUCGAAUCCACAGAAAGAAUUUCCCCCGGUUGUGUUCUCACUAAAUUGAGCGAGAAUUAAAAAAAAAGAGGUGAUCGAAAAAACAAAAGAAAAUCAGGGAAGAGAUAUUUACUUCCUCCAUUAACUGUUACCAAUGUUCACAUUCUUCGAAUUUACAUUCUUGAUGCAUCCAAUAAAUUGAUAAUUAAAGAAAGAUUCGUAAGAGAUUCUUAUCUAGAUUUAAGACGCAUUUUUAGUAAUUACGGAUUCUUGUGAAGGAUGAUUCGCACAUCAUUUUGACGUUCUUCGUCUGUUAACGUGCGAAAAAAUGUCAGAUAAUAGCUAACACUAUUCUAUAAUAUUAUCACAAUGUCAUGAUUUAUCAAUCUCUGUCGAUUUAAUAUAUCUUCCUUCGACGUUUAUCAAUUACGCGCAUUCGACUGGCGAAAUAUUAUCGUGUAUAAAAAGAAUUAAAGAAUCUCUCGCGGUUUACACUUUUCUGCGCACUGCAAGCCUUGAUUACAACGCGCACAAAUUAAGUAGAUGGUUGCAAGUAGUUCUAUUCACAAGUACAGAAUUUUUUCUGGGAAAAAAAUCAUUAGUUCAUAUAAUGACGACAAUCCUUUGUAGCGAUAAAUUCUAAAUUAGUUACAACAUACUAGAGAUUUUCUUGGGAAUGAUGGAUUCCUUGUAAACACUCUUUAUUGUGUAUGUAAUUUAAAAUGAAAUAAAUAUAUAUCUUUUUCUUCCUGCGCUCUAGACGGAUCGCCUUUGCCAGAUGAAUAUUUGACAUACGAUGAAAAAAAAAAUUCGAGUACAAAUAAUUUUCGAUACAUAUUCUUGUUUCUCAUACGAUUCUUCGACGAAAUGAAGUUUUAAUAUAAUUAACUUCUGUUGUAAUAAUAAUUUCUAAAAAUUCACAAUAUUGCGUAUACAACUUUUUACGAUCUCUUAAUUUAUCUCGAUAGAGAUAAUCAUUUGAUAAUUUGAUGAUAUGUACAUAUUUUUAGUAUAUAUAUAUGUAUAUUAUAUUAGUAUAUAUAUUAAACACUAUUUUUUGUUGUGCUUGUUAAAAAUUUUUAAUCCUAAAGCACAAAAAAGGAAUCUUGAUAUUAUUUAGCAGGCUAUGAGAUAUUGUACAUAGACGAGAUUUUUUUUUAAAAGAUGGUCAUUCCGAGGCC